UGCGGUGCAGAGAAUCUUUGGUUGCUCAAUUUGACACAAAUACUACGUUGGUAGACCUUGUCCCUUCCUAUAUGUUUGAGUUUAUAUCUACAAAUAUCACAGGAGGGAAAGAUAAGGUUGUAAUCAUUACCACACCUUGAUUAUUGGGUUCUGCAAUUACCAGAAGUACUCCCACACCAGAAAUUAAGAGAAAUUAGGAAGAGAUGGUUUCUGGGCAACUCUCACACGAGAUGAAGAUAGAGGUACCUGCUUCUGAAGCCUGGGAGCUCUAUGGCACGCUUCGUUUGGCAAAUCUCGUUGAAGAAGUUUCAACUGUCAUGGAGAAAAUUGAGGUCUUGGAAGGUGAUGGAGGGGUUGGGACCGUUCUCAAGCUAACAUUUGUACCAGGCACACCUGGUCUUAGCACUUCCUCGGAGAAGUUCACAAAGAUUGACAAUGAGAAACGGGUGAAAGAAACAGAGUUGGUUGAAGGAGGAUAUCUGGAGAUGGGGUUUACUCUUUAUCGUGUUCGUUUCGAAGUCAUCGAAGAGGGCGAUGAUUCAUGCAUUAUAAGGUCAACUAUAGAGUAUGAAGUGAAGGAAGAGGCAGUUGCUAAUGCAUCCUAUGUCACUAUAGAGCCACUGGAAGGCAUUACGCAAAUUGCCAAAAGCUAUCUCACCAAGAACAAAGCUGCUAAAUAAAGAUGCACUUUAGUGUUUUAUAUAUUUGGAGUUUGUAAUCUUGGAGUGAAAAAUACCCUUUCCUGAAAUAAGAUUACAAGCUUGUGUUGUUUACUAAUAUUUAGACUACUACCAGUACUAUAUCUUCUGGUUGGCUGCA